AUGUCAAACAAACCAGAUAUAGAACAUCCAGAAAAAAUUAUCAGUUUAUCACAUAAAUUACGCCAAUUAUGCUUAGAAGAUAUUAAGCCACUGGAUCCGAAAUUAUGGGGCAUGAAAAAAUAC